AUGGAUGUUAACAAUAAGAAAAAAAGCAUUUACUACUACAAGGAUCGAAGCCAAAGCAGCUUCAGUGGUAGAAGUUCCCAAGAGAGCAUUUCAAGUUUGGGGGACUAUUUAAGUAAUAAUGCAAGUAAUAAUGGAGGCAAAUUAAAUUUCAUGAAAAACUAUUUUUGGUUUUUUCAAAGUAAUAAUAAUUCGAAAAAAAAUUCUCAUGAUUCCAUUUUUUAUGAAAUAAAAAGUUCCGAUGGAAAUAAAGCUAGCAAUCAUCAGUUAGAUGCAGACAGCGAACAUGUAAUGCAAAACCCGGAUGGGAGUUGUAACAGUUUUGGGCAUUUAAAUGGAGACUCACUCGGGAAAACAAAUGAAAAUACCAAAGGGAUGUCCUCCAGGAAGUCCUUCUAUUCCAUUUACGAUUACACGGACGAGAGUGACUACAACACGUUGAAGGAGAACGAGCCAGAUUACUUGUUCCACCAGCAGAAGACCUUCGAACCGGUCGCUAAUGGCAGGUACGCCAAGAGGGAGUGUGCGCGGAAUUACAUGCAUAUAUACGACACGGACAGUUCGCGCAGCAACAACAGUAGUGAGGGGAGCAGCGGAGAUGACACGAGCGGGGAUGGAAAAACCCAAGCCGGAGGACAGAACACACUCCCUACGAAAACAGAACGAGGCCAAGCCAAACAGGGGCCCCUAAAGCGAUAUAAGAAAAGAGAAGAACGGACACCCCACAAUAAAAUGGAAGACCUAGUAAACAGCUACAAAAUAAAAAAAGGAAAAACAAAAAUACAAUACGUUGGAAUAUCAGCCAUCCUGAAAAAAUAUAUAUACAUUACAAAGAACGAGAAAAUGUUAUUUUUUAAAAAAAAAUUAAAUAAAAAGAAAAUCCUUCUAAGGAGCAAAAUUAAGAAAAGGUACAACCCCUGUAGGACAUUUUACUAUUUACAGAGGGAGCAAAAAAAUGCAAUUGGGGGGAAGAAAAGAAAAAUUAACAUGUGCCAUUUUUUCAGAUACUUAUACUAUUGUAUGUUGAAGAAGAAGCUGCAGACUUUUUACAGGACGAGAAAAUUGAAAAAGCUAAUGAAGUAUGUGUCCAGUCAGGGUUGGAGACGAUCUUACGUGAGUCAGUUUGGGAGGGGCACUUCCAACGAUGCGCUAAAGGGUGCAAGUUUAGAGGAGAAUCGCGUAAACAACGAUGCAGCCGCAAAUGUGAGCGCAGAGGAAAACAGUUAUAACCCCUUUACGACGGCCCCUUCCCAUAGCGACACCAACAAGGCGGAAGGAUUUGUGUCUGUUCGCAGCUGCCCCAAGAGCCCCCGCCUGGAUGGGCAAAGUUCGUCUAUACACGAACUGAGCAGUGAGAGGAUUACUACAAACACGGAAGAGAAGCAAUUGGAAUACAAAAAGAAAGACACAGAAUAUGUAGAGGAGGAGAGCUACUUCGAUGUGUGCAUAGACAACCCUCUGGAAAACAAAACAGGGGAUUACAAAAUGGAAGGGGAAGCAAAUGACUACAACGUAGUAAUGAAGCAAAACCAUACCAGUGACCAUCCUAAGAAUGACAUAAAAAACAUGCCAACGUACGACUGCUAUAAAAAUGGGGAGGAAGAAUUUUCCAUCUGUACCAACUGCAAAGAUGUAUACAUCGAUUAUGUGAAAAAUCAAAAAGUGGAAAAGAGAAGAAAUAAUCAAGUCCUGUCGGAGGAUAUAAUAAACUUAAAGGAAAUUGUCCUAUCGAAGAAGGAAGAGCACAUUCCCGACGUUCAGUCGGAGGAGGUGAACGACGUGAAUAAUUUUGAAAAAUGCCAAAACAGCUACAGUGAUGUUGGAGAAAGUCCAUGCAGCAGUGAUUGCCAACAGGAGAGCUUCAAAAUGGACUCCAGUAUAAACAGGGAGGUACACUCUCCAGGUGGGAUGAACCCAUCUGGUGAUAGCCAAUAUAUCGGUAGCGAAAUAGUUGGAGGCACUUCCAGUGAGAGUAUUGAAGAGGCAAGUUUUCGUUCCAGUGGGGGGGAGUGCGCUGGAAAGACAAGCAAUGAUGCAAUAGAUGAGAUUAUUGAAAGUUCCUCUGGGUUCAACGAGGAGGGAAGUAGUGUGAACAGGAUAGAAAGUAAAGAAAUGAGCAAUAAGUCCAGCGGGGAGGAAGAUUUUAUUAAGGUUAAGGGAAGUAGUGAAAGUUGCAUUGAUUUGUACAAGGGAGACGACGCAAGCGAAAGCAACAGGAGCAGAAAUAUUUCCCUGAGCAGCAGCAGUAAGGGAAGCUACGACGUCAGCUUAGGGUACAUCGAAUCUUCCUUUAUGGAGGAAAUCCACGGAGGGAAAAAGGAUCACACGGAAAGUAGCCAAGAAGGUAGGAAGGAAGACAUAAACGGAGCUAGCCACGAAAAUUGUAGCAGCGCCUCCAAUUAUAGCCUAAGCAUAUGCCAAAUUGAAUCACAGACAAACAGCCAAAAUGACACAGGGAAGGAUGGACCAAGUGAUGCUUCAGUCAGUGCAGAAGAGUGCAACCAACGUGAAGAAAAGGAAUGCCAGUCGGGCAAUGCAAUUAACAGGGAAAGUUUUAUUGGCACGAUAAAUUGGGGGACAGCGGAGAAUGUGCACUUGGGAAGUCACCUCCACGUGGAAAAGGAGUUGCAAAAUGGGGGAAGCGGUUCCCUGGAAAAGCAGGAAGAAGACGACGACAACGAUGACGAAGACGAGGAGGAUGAAGAUGACUCCUCUGAGGAAGACGAGGAAGAAGAAAGUGAAAAUGACGAACAUGGAGAAGAUGAGGAGGAAGAAAAAGAAGAAAAGGAUGAAAUAGAGAAGGAAGGCGAAAAGGAAGACGAAGGAAUCAAAGUGAAGGAAAAGGAAGUGGACGAAGAUCAAAGUGCUGAGGAUGAGGAAGAGGAAGUGGAAAGUGGAGUAGAAGAAGAAGAGUCGGAAGAAGAAAGUGAUGAUGAAUCAGAAGAGGAGGAUGAGGUGGAUGAAGAAGUGAUGGAUACAUCAUCUGAAAAGGAGGAAGAGUUGGAGGAAUUGAAGCAGUACUCCGACGAUGAUGAUGAGGACGAAGAGGAGGAAAUAGAAGAAAUAGAAGUAGAAGAGGAAGAAGAAAUAGAAGAAAAAGAGGAAGGAAUCAAAGUGGAAGAAAAGGAAGAAUAUGAAGAAGACGAAGAAGUUGUAGAGAACGAAGGGAUCGAAGAAGACAAUGAGAAGGAAGACAAGGAGGAAGAAGAGGAAGAUGGAAGCGAUGCGGAAGAAGAUGAAAUUGAAGAAGACGAGAGUCAAGACGAUAUCGAAGAAGUAGAUGUAGAAACCGAGGAGGAAGUAGAAGUGGAGGAUCAAGUAGAUGUAGGACCCAAAGAAACCACUAAAGUAGAACCAUGCGAUAGGCGAAAAGUUGUUAACUCCGAGGAGGAAAUUGAAAACACUAUGGAAAUGGAAAUAAGAAAAAGCAUAGAAGAGAUAUUCAAGACGGUUAUGGACAAUGACAUUCUCACGGGGGGUUCGGAGAAUAAAAAGUUCGAUGCGUUCUGGGAUGAGGAGGAAAAACAGGGGGGAACAAUAGGGGAGGAGGAGUUGGCUGAUGAGGUGGGUGGAAAGUCAGAUAACCAGCAGGGGGAAGCGGAAAAUGAGGAAGAUGCAGAAUCGAGUGAAACGGCAAAUGAUGAACCUGAUCAGGAGGAAAUUGGCCAAUUGGAAGAGGUCGUACAGAGGGAACCGGAGUACGCGGAAAGCGAAGCAGUAGAUGACAACUGCAACGAGGAGGUAGGUGACGUGGUAGAUGAGGUGGAAGUGGAAGAGACAGUAACGGACGACGUAGUAGUAGACGACCACCCACCACAGGAGGAACUACCUGAGGAACGCGCCGAAAAAGUGCUACUGAGAAAAAAUGCCUUUUCCUUCAACACGUACAAGAACAGCAAACUCGGACACGGGUUCAGCAUGGAAUCACUUAGCAACUUCUUCCGCUCGUUUGAGAGCGUGAAUAGUGAAUACACGGACACGAGCAGAGAGUGGGAAGAAACGGAGAAAGGAUACCAACAGCUGAAAGGAAAACAAGAAGGGGCGCUAAAAGGAACCUCCAAAGAAGAGCAAAAUCCAACGAAUACACAAAGCAUACAAAACAAAUCAGACUCAGAAGCAGACUUCAAACUGAACGUGCAGACGUCGCUAGAAGUACACCAAUUGUAUUCACAUCUACAAAAACAUAUCCUGAGGAAUUUUAAAAAGGGUUGUCUGAAGAAAAUGGUAAAAAUGUUUAAGAAAAAGUACAAGAAAAUGGAAAGGGACAUUUCGGAAAACAUCAAAACCAUCGUGCAUAAAUUUAACAAUCUGGAUGAAGCCCUCGAGGGGGUAAUUCAGUCUGCCCCUAAGGUGAAGAGGUUACGAAGGAAGACUCCAAAGAAGGGCAGAAAGAAGAAUCCCCUAACGGAUGUUCACACCGAUGAACAUUGGGCACAAAGGGGCACAUGUGAUGGUGCGAAGGAAGGGACAGCGCUGUACGUUGAGGGUUCUGUCGGCGCUUCUCCCAACAGCUUCAUCGUCACGGAUAAAGGUGUUGAUAUUGGCAAGAUAAACAGGGAUAGGCACAUACUGCAUGCAGUUUUAAAUGAGAAAAAUCCAAUGGAAAGCUCAACAGGGAAACUGGUUAGGGGUGACGAAGCGCAGGUGGGAACCCCCAAACAGGACAUCCGUGGUAGUCAAGAUAGCUUGCGCCUAACACACUCGAAGGAGAAACAGGAGUAUCAGCAGACACAGCAACAUCUGCAACAAACUGUGCACGCUCCUCAGGGGAGUAAAGACAACUUCCUACCCCUCAAAAGUGGAGACGAAUCGUUCGAACGGGAAGACCAUCCCGGGUCCGCACAACGCGAAAAUAACCAACUGGAGCUGAACCUUUCGACCAGCAAUGGCCCCAUGGACCGGGCGCAAAAAUAUUUCCUGCAAAAAUUAAAAUGCGAAAAAAUAUGUCUAGUAACGAACAAAUUGGGAAACAAGAGCCAAUUAUUUAACCGGAUAAACAACAUGACAAAAAAGUGCAUUGCAGACGUCUUCCUCCAGAGGAUGAACAGCAUACGCACCGGUCAAACAGUUUGGGAUGCAACCACAGGGGAAAAGAAAAUACGCAUAGGAAGGAGUCCCCUCAGUGAGGUCAAAUUAGGUGGUAACCACACCAUGCUGCUUCUUCACGAGGAUAAAAAUAAGAAAACCGCACAGCAGUCAGAUAAGGAAAAGGAGAACAGCCCAAAUGAUUAUUCACUUGAGAGGUAUGAACCUAGACCAAACGGGAAGGACCACACACUAAUACUAAUAAAUAAAAACUCCAAGGAGAUGCAUCCCUUUAACAAUUGCAGCGGAAUGAAAAUAGACUCAUCUCAGCAGAAGCUGAAACGGAUGGCCCUCCUAAACUACGUGAAGCACAAGUUAAGCAAAUCGAAGAGGAGUGAAAAAGGUUUGAAUGCCAAACAGGUGAUGAAAUAUUACCGCCCAUGUGCAGGCGCGGUAACACAUGUGUGUUUUCCAGCAGGGCACCCUAAUAAGAGCAGCAUCAUUACCCAUGGAGGAAUUAGCAACGCAUGCAAUGUUAAUCGUGUUUAUUGUCUCCAGCACGAGGACGCCUACCAGAAGAUGGUGGCUUAUAAAAAACAAGCAGAUGGAGAAUUCGUCCAAUUAUAUUUCCCCCAAUCUGCAUGUAGCAACGGGAGUAGGGUACAGAACAACCUGUGCAUUACGCCCAAUGCAAUUUUAAAAGGCAAUCAUAGCAACGGCCCCUAUAUAGUGAACCAGCAGAAUGGACAGCAGGUACACCCCCAGUGGGACUACCACUUGGCGUUUCUGCAGAACAAGUUCCAAUGUAAAGGUGUAAGUGGGGAAUUGCCUAACGGGAAGGUCAAGAUGUGCGUCAAUAAAAAUAACCUCACGAUUAAUAAGUAUAGGAGGUGCAAUCGGAGGGACAAGUUUGGCACAUGCAGGGAGAACCAUGUACUACCUGAGGGGAACAUCAUGGGGGAGACCAACAGUGGGGCUGCUAACCACCACGUAGGGAAGAUACAUCCGGACACACUUUCUUCCGAGGUGAAAGACGCACACACAGGGGCGAAGCUUCAUUGUGGCAAUAGCCAAAGGGCAAACAAUUUAAAGACCGGUACAGACGCGGCAAUUUUCCUCGGCUACGCUGAUGCGAAGCACCAAAUGGGUGACAGCACAGGUGGGGCAAAUCGUGAGGUCCUCAUGGAUUAUAAGAAUAGUUCUUUAGGAGGGAAGGGUGAGAGGAGCUCAAGUCAGGAAAGUCAGAUACGCCGAUUACUCCAAGCGGGCAAGACGACCAAAUCUGGUAUGCCAACCAGGCAGGUAUCUCUCCCUCCAGAGCACACCCUUCGCACCCUCCACACGUGGAACUUCCCCACGGGCAAAAUCGAUGGAACUACCAGCUUCUACACGCAUUCGCAGCUGUACAAAGACACGACGCUCAAAAGGAAGAACAAAAAAAACAACCUCUUCACCGUAAAUCACAACAUAGUGCAGACACCAGGCCCUUAUGAUGACCAGACAAAGCGAAAAAUAUGCUGCAACAUGGGCAAAGGAAUUUCCUCUACAAACACUUGGCAUACAGACGAAUCUGACUCGAAGAAUUGCAUUUUAAAAAACAUAUGUAAUGCAUAUGACUAUUUUAGAAACGCAAACGAUGUAAGGAUACACGAAAGGGGCGCCACAAAGAACGCAAUUAACCUAAACAAUGCGCAUAAAUAUCACGUGAAGGUAAAGAAAAUUUGCUCCAGCCAGCGAAAUCAAGAAGAGCAUUUAUGGGAAGAUGAGGGCGGCUUUAAAAACGUCCUCUUUUGUAACGCGCAUGACACGAAUUUUAAAAAAAUGGCGCUUAAAAAUAGGAACAUUGAAAGCUUCCACAUUUGUUCCAUUAACUUCCCACAAGAGGACGAAUUCGCAAAUGUGAACUAUCCCCACCAGAUGGAAAACCUUUGCAUAUUCCGGGACUUCUGA